AUGGCAAAGUGGGAGGAGCUUGCAAGAACAACCUUUCCCGGGUAUUCUGCAAAGAUACUUCAACAGCGAUGGUUCGAGAUCAAAGAUCGGCCAGGACUGGAGUACAAGCUGUAUGGAGGUUAUAAAGGGCAGGCGAUGGGCUCACCGGAUUCUCACAGCUGCUCUAGGGGAGGAUACGGAGGGAGGACCUUCAACCGCAGCGAGAAGGCAAACAACGCCCCUCCCCUCCCUUCAGCGACUGGAACUACGAUCGCCGGAGGGACAGUCAAUCGCAGACCAGCCUCGGCAUCUGCUGUGAGGAUUUCUGCGACGAGACAGAGUGCAGUGGGCCAGCUCAGAGGGGCGACCCUUGCCUCGAGUCAUGCCCCGGUGCUGGCGUUUUCCAAGGUUCAGGACAAGGGAAAGUCCUCGUCAGCUUCACGUGAAGCGGACAAGAAUCAAGAUCAGAGCAGCUCGCAGGGUCAAGGGACUGCUGGCAAUGCAGCGAACAAGAACGUGCGGGGUGCUGAGUGUGAAGAACUGAUUGUUAUACACGUGUGCGAUGAGAACAGGGGUAUAAACAAAGACUUCACUUGCAGAAAGGAUGUUCUGUUGUCAGAGAUGGCAUACUUCCAAUCAUACCUGAAUGGAAGUGAAGCGAGUGACGACAUCGACAUUUCUGUUCACUGUGACAUUCAAAUCUUUCAGUGGCUCAUUAAGUACCUGAACGAGCCCAACUCUCCUCCACCUCUCGACAGUAUGACCUCCCUUUGCCAUGAUAUGAUUCCUGACGGCUCGGCAGCGACAAACCUCAGCGCCUAUCUCACGCCCGAGGAACUGGAAGACCUGAAUGACAGGAGGGACAAGUUGUUGAGUAGACUGUACAUGAAGAAGAUAGAAGCGCUGUUUCAAUCUGAUGACAACAUGAUAAGCCGAUGCGCGUUUUGCGGCAAGUUGUUUGCACUCAAGAACAGGAGCAAGAUGGCCUGCUCCAAGGCCAAGAUCUUCAUAGACUUCAACGGCAGCGUGAUUGCCGAACACGCCCCGGUUCCUAACUGGGAUGUCAACAAGUACUUGCUGUCGCUGAGGGCAAGGAAGUUGAGCUGGAGGGAAAUUUAUUGGAAGAUUUGGGGUAUGAUUGCAACGAUGCGCUGCAAAGUUUGUGGCAACUACUUCACGGCAUCUGAGCUGGAGCAUUGCGCUUUCUGCCCUCAACAGCCGCUGUUCCGUCCCGGGCAGAACAUGGGGAUGUACCCCUGCUGCAACACCCCGGCGAUACGGUUUGACACCUCCAACUUCACCAAGACGAGGAGGGGAUGCUGCGCCAAGUCUCACGUGAUCGACGAGGAGAAUGCCGAGGAUGCGAGUACGCUGACGCAGCUGAUGAAGCGACACGCACUCGUUUGCGUUCCGUUUGAGGAUGCAAACAAGGAGAACUUGGUCUUCUCCAGCGAUGACGAGGAUGGCGGGGAGGAAGAUAUCCAGGAGGACGAAGCGCUUUCAGGCACCUGCGAUCUAGCCAUCCCACAGUACGAAGACUCUGCUUCCGACGGGGAGAGGGACAUCGCUCGUCAACGCGUGCAGCGUAUGCGAGUCAACAACGCGCACCAGGGGAUACAGAGGAAGCGGAAGGUGACGAAGAGAAGCGAGGGCAGGAACAUGUCGGGUAGCAGGCCAGCUGGUUCAGCAGACCAGAACCAGUGGAAGCAGGAGAUGUGGCGCGAGGAAGACGCCCGACGGUUAGCAGGCUGCCAAACAAGCUUCUCCCUUCCGAUCUCGGCCGACGUCAUCGACGGCUCCACCGCGAUCGAACAGGCAACUGACACGACCAGCGACAGCAGUCUAUCAGAAGCGAAGUACAGGGGGGGCGGGAUAUGCGUCAACAGCGGCUAG